AUGAGGUCGUACGGGCUUAAUGAGCAAGUAGAGAGUGUAGAUUCAGGAAGAGAUGCUCUAGAACUAUCUCCAACGGCAGGGGGUGCAGAUGACGCGCAGGACCCGGCCAAGGAUAUGCUAGAUAUGCCACCACCUACCGUUGAAGAUAGUCCUGAACAUAUUAAACCGUCUCGGACGCCACCAAGAUCUCCUAGCAACAACUCUGCCGCAGAUCAGGGGGUGGGUGGGGUUAUGAAUAAGGAAAACGAAGGGUAUAGAGGGGAUCUAACGCUAGAGACUCCUAUAUUAAUGCGAGAGACGAGCGAGCUCGCACGGUCAGACCCAGACGAAGACGAAGACGAGGUCGAGGACGUGGAUGGAGCGGCUCUGGAUAUCGGGAAUAUCCGACGAGAUGAGGAUUUCGCCUACCGCACGACGACGUUAGUAGAUGAUGAUACUACAUCCAUGACCCUCCAAGCCUUUACAACAGGUCUAUACGCCCCGAAGCCCUCGCACUGA